CGGGGCUGGGCGCGCGUCGGCCCCUCCCCUCUCUCCGCUUCUCGGCCGGCGGCGUGGGCAGGUCGCUGGGCUGGCUGCGAGCUUCUCUGCGACCCUGCCCGUGCGAGGAGCCGCGCGAGGAGGCGGUCUCCAAGGCUUUGUCGUAAGCGUAUUUUUAAGUGGUAAAUCCCUGAGGAGACAGCUGAGGUUGAGAAAGAUGAGGAUUGAUUGAAAACAAUCCUGCCCAGAAGCAGAAAUGUUCCCCACGCCCACCCGUAAAAAGGCUGCUGUGUCCUAAAUGAAGGAAAAGCUUAAUCUCGGACCUCACUGCAUUCGGAGAGGAAAGCAGACAGAUGGUUCUGAGUGCCCCAUGGCUGCAGCUACAUCAGUUCAUUCAUUUCUUGCCUGUUGUCACUUGGAAGCAUUCUUCAGGUCAGUUCAUCUUUUGGGACCCAUCCCUGCCUUCUGGUUAAGGAAUCCUUGCACACAUACAGGAUGACUCAACAGUGGGAUGGAUGUUCAGAUACCAAAAAGGUGCUGGUAACUUGACAGGAACUUCCACAUUCUUUGGAGAGAUCUACUGCACGUGAGGACUUUCAAGACUCUUGCACAAUUUGAAUACAUUGGGUUGGUCCAGUGCCUGAAACUUUCAUGAUGAAGAGAGCUAGGCAGAAAGUUACAGAUGAAAAUGCAGUUCCUCAAACAUCACAGGGAAACAAAAAACAGAAAACUUGCUUAUAUGGGUCAGCCUUUAGUGAGUCUGACCCCCAUGCCUCGAUAGACUGGGGAAGCCUUCCGCACCACGUUAUUCUGCGCAUUUUCCAGUUCCUGCCGUUGGUAGAUCGAGCCAGGGCAUCGUCCGUCUGCCGAAGGUGGAACGAAGUUUUUCACAUCCCAGAUCUCUGGAGGAGAUUUGAAUUUGAACUCAGCCAGCCGGCUACUUCUUACUUGAAGUCUACUCAUCCUGAUCUAAUUCAGCAGAUUAUCAAGAGGCACGCUGAUCAUCUGCAGUAUGUCAGCUUCAAGGUUGAUAGUAGUACUGAGUCAGCAGAAGCAGCCUGUAACAUCCUUUCUCAGUUGGUAAACUGUUCUAUCAAGACACUGGGUUUGAUUUCUACAGCAAAACCAAGCUUCAUGAAUGUCUCUAAGGCUCAUUUUGCUUCAGCACUGACAGUAGUUUUUGUAAACUCCAAGUCAUUAUCAUCAAUCAAGAUAGAUGACACACCACUUGAUGAUCCUUCUUUGAAGGUUCUUGUUGCUAACAACAGUGAUACUUUAAAACUGCUUAAAAUGAGCAGUUGUCCUCAUGUAUCACCUGCUGGAGUUCUUUGCGUUGCUGACCAGUGUCAUGGACUUAAGGAGCUGGCUCUGAACUACUACAUACUGAGUGAUGAGCUGUUGCUGGCUCUUUCAAGUGAAAAACACGUGGACCUUGAGCACCUUCGCAUAGACGUUGUGAGUGAAAAUCCUGGACAGGUUGAAUUUCACACCAUUAAAAAGCAAAGCUGGGAUGCUUUUGUUAAACACUCCCCCAAAGUCAACAUUGUGAUGUAUUUUUUCCUAUAUGAAGAAGAAUUUGAUGCUUUCUUCAGAGAGGAAACCCCUGUUACGCACCUUUACUUUGGUCGUGCAGUAAGCAAAGCAAUGCUAGGUCGUAUUGGCCUGAAUUGCCCGAGGUUAAUUGAGUUGGUUGUGUGUGCUAAUGGACUUCAACCUUUGGAUGAUGAACUUAUUCAGAUUGCUCAGCGCUGUAAGAACUUAACAGCAAUGGGACUUGGGGAAUGUGAAGUAACUUGCAGGGGUUUUAUCGAAUUUGUUAAGAUGUGUGGAGGCAGGCUGACACAGCUCUCUAUAAUGGAGGAGGUACUGAUUCCAGAUAAUGAUUAUAGCUUAGAUCGACUUCAUUUGGAAGUCUCCAAACACCUUGGAAGAAUGUGGUUUCCUGAUAUGAUGCCAACAUGGUAAACACUCUUCAUCUGUGGGUAGGCAGGUAAAAUCAGGGCGUUACUUUCUAUGCAAAUAAAGAUUUUUUUAAAACAAAAUGUGAAAAAUUAUUUUCAUAUUUGAUUUUUUUUUUUUUUUUUUUUACCUCUAGUAGAGUAACAGUAAGAUAUUCAAGAAUGUUAAUGACAUAUUAAAAUAGAAAAUAGAUUAAGUGUACUUGACACUGAAAAUAGGUCUGGUUUAUAGGUGCUUCAUACUUCAGUCAACUUGAGCUUCUCGGAGCUCCAGUUUAAAUGUUUCAUUCAAAUUGAACUUCUUUCUCAUGUCUGUCUUUAAGUCUUUCUGCUGUAGUCAGAAUAAUAGAAGAGAAAUUUUUCUCCUCGGGUAAAGCUAACUUUAUGGGAAGCUGGAUAUAACUUGGAGUUCAUUAAGACUUUUAUUUGUCAUGAAAUUUUAUGCAGCUGUUUCUCAAAACAUUCUUGUUACAUAUGUAAAAGUUUGUACAUAAAAAACACCAGCCCAGGUUAUUGAAAUAUAAUCUAGUUUAAACUCCUGACAGUGUAUUAAAAUGUUGUAAAUGAGUUUCUGCAACAACAAAAAACGCUUUCAGAUCUUCAGUUGCACUUUAAGUCACUUUAUCAGAUUAGCUAAACUAUAGAGACAGCAUUGUACAGUAUGUUGUUUUUCUAUCUCAUGCAUUAAGUGGAUGGAGAAGAGAUUGCAUUGAAGUUAACGAAUUUAAAAGUAGAUUGAUUGCUUGGAAGAAUGACAAAGCACUUCUGAGUUUGAGAGUUCCUAUCUUUGAUUACAAAGGUUGACAUCUGAAUGCUGCUCUGGGCUCUUUUUAUUAAGAGAUAAGAAUCUCAGGAAUGUGGCUAGUGGAAAAGAAGGAUCAAUGGAAUGCAAUUGUCUUUAAUCACUUUCUGAAGUCAAGGGUUUAGAGCAUUUCAGAAAAUUGCCUGUUAGAGGCUGAAAUGACUUUCAGGAGUCUUGUCUUGCCUUUCUUGUAUAGAGCUGUGCUGUAAGCCCUGAUUUCUAGAGUUAUGUAUUGCUGAAGGAGAUGCUGAGACUUUUGGUUUGGGAGGGAUUGUGAGACUGUUUACUAUUUGUUAUUAAUUGCUUUUUUGAUGAAGAUUUUUUCUUUACAGUGGAAAGGAAUAGGGAGUUGAUGUGAAGUAGAGUAUGUAUUUUUGCGAUAACAUUUUUGCACAGUUUGUGAAUUGAAAUGUGUAGUAUACAAAUUUUUCUGUAAUUUUUUUCAUACUGCAUUACUAUAUUCCUAUUUGUAAUAAGAAGUCUACAUCUAAUUUACUGGUGGUAUUUGUCACAUCUGAUAAAAUGUCAAAUAGUUUCUUCUAUGGUUAUACUUUUCUACAGUUAAGAAAAAAAAUAUAGAGGCUUAAACCUCUGUUGUUUUGAUCAGACUUGUUCACAGUUACAAGCUAAAGGAAUUCCAAUAGCAUAUAAUGCAUGUCUAAAUCAAUAAUGUAUUAUUGCUUAUUGCACAAUUAAGAAAAGAAGCAUCUGGCUCUGGUUACUAGCACUUACUACCCAAGCAUUUGCUUCCAUAAGUCAGGGGAUUGAAAAAAAGACUGAGGUAUUUCCAAGCAGUUCUUGGUUUAAGAUGUGUGAUUUGCUUUAACUGUAAACAUAAUAAACUGAUCUAAUACCUGCACUGA